AUGGAGGAUGCUUCCCCCGCGGAGUCCGCUCCUGCGCCAUGCGCUUCUUCCGCCGACCCCAGCGCGCCGCUCGACGGGGCUGGGCCCCCCGCGGCGAUGGCGGAAGCGGCGGAAGACUUGGCGGACCUACUAGUUCAGGGGGCGCGGCACGGGGACCUGGAGUACGUGGCAGCAGAAACCCCACUGUUAUCCGGUCCUCCCUUUGGGGCGCGGUAUGGAGACAUAAAAGAUGUGGCAGGAGCAUUAGACGCUGCAGGAACCCCACCGUUGCCCUUUGGAGCACGGUACGGGGACGUGGAGGACGUGGCAGCAGCACUGGACGGCGGUGCGGAUGCUGGCUUGGCAGAUGACGAGGGGCGCACAGGUGGGGGGGGAGUAUGGGGAACGCGGGGUGCACAGGUGGGGGGGGAGCAUGGGGAACGCGGGGCGCACAGGUGUGGAGGGAGCAUGGGGAACGCGGGGCGCACAGGUGGGGGGGGAGUAUGGGGAACGCGGGGCGCACAAGUGGAGGGUGAUGAGGGGCGCACAGCGCUGCACAUGGCAGCAGCCAACGGCCACACGGAGAUCGCCCGCCUGCUCAUCCAACGAGGCGCUCUGCCUGCCUAUCUGAGUGGCGGCUACCUUUCAGCCUGGGAAUGCCGUGAUCCGGCAGGACAGCACCCGGUGAAUGCAGUGAACCGGCAAGGCAACACACCGCUGCACUGGGCGGCUGUCAAUGGCAGGGACUCUAUGGUGCAUUUGCUCAUUGCUGCAGGAGCGAGCCCCUCUGCGCUCAACAGCCAUGAGCGCACGCCAGUGGACGAGGCAAUUCACAGCAACAACCAACACACCCUGGACGCUAUAAAUGCUGCCCUUGCUACCCGGGAUGCUGCGAGCUUGACUGUAGGGGGCAGUCAAGGUGACGACACAAGGGGCGAUGGAGAUGGGGGAGAUGAAGCAACGGAUAUCAUGGAAUGA